AUGCAUGUCCAAAUCAAAUUCACCCCUCCAGAGUGGUACCAACGCCUGGUCAAUAAAGUCACUGGCAAAUCGAAGAAAUCGAGCAAAGUGAUGAACCAUGUGAGGAUGGUUCUACGAGGUGUGGCAGAUACUCUGGAUGGUGUUCCUGCACCGGGUUUGCAAGGUGCCAUCAAAGGCGUCCUAUUCAUUUUGGACAACGUCGAUCGAGCAUCCCAGAAUCUAGAAGAUUUCAAGGCGUUUGGCGACUGCUUAGCUUCGUACGAGUCUUUGUUCGAAAGCUACAAGUCCCCAAAUCUUCCACCAGCGCUGAAAGAAGCGAUUGCAACUCUGACCAAGGAGAUCGACGAGUCUUGCCAAGUGAUCGCAAGAAUCGUCGCGCAUUGUCGCACACGUCGCAUUUGGGAGAGCACUGAUGAUGCGGGACUGUUUACAAAGCAGGUCAGGGUUAUAAAUAACGCUCUGUCUCGGUUCCAGAUCCCAACAGCAUCCUUUACAUCAGUGACGAUAAGUGGGUCACUAGAAAUCAGUCAGCGCCUCCACGUGGAUAGACUUCCUAAUGUGCAGGGGGUUGCCUUCAAUUCGGCAGUUCGAGACAAAUUCGCAGUGACUUGCAUGGAAAGCACACGGGUACAAGUCAGGAAGCGAAUCAACGACUGGAUGUUCGAUGAAAAUGGCCCCCCAGUAUUCUGGUUGAGAGGGACAAUCGGCAGCGGCAAAUCGACAAUCUUGCAGACCGUUGCUGAAGAAUGCCACGAGCAAGGAUAUUUAGCGGGCUCCUUUUUCUUCUCCAGAGACCUGCUUUCGCGUCACGCGGGUUGCAGUUUGUUCAGCACGCUGGCCUUGCAGCUUUGUGAUUUCGACAAUCGGCUUAUACCUAUUCUAUCCGAAAUCCUGGGGCUCAACCCCAAGCUUACUUGUGCGGUCCUUGACGAACAUUACGCCGAACUGAUUACUCGCCCCCUCGCCGCAUUGGAGGCAAAGAUUCCCGCGUUCCUAUUUCCUAUGGUCAUAAUCAUCGACGCGUUAGACGAAUGUCAUAACCCCAAAGACAUCGCGACUAUACUAUCUCUUCUCUUCAACUAUCCCCUCAUGCACAACGGUCGCCCCAUCCUAAAAUUCCUACUAUCAAGCAGACAAGAGCUUUAUAUUCGCCAGGCGUUCGAGCGCGUCCCGGAGCCCAGAGAGAAGGUCUACUGGGAACACAAUCUUGACGAAGAGGCAGAUGUGCAGAGUGACAUUGAAAGGUACCUCAAGCAGGGUCUGGAUCAGGUCUACCAAGAUCAUCCGGAAUGCUUCAGGUCUCGACAAUCGCCAUGGCCAGGACCCGAAGCAUUGGCAACUCUUGUUGAGCGGUCCAGCGGGUCGUUUAUCCAGGCGUCGGCCAUCUUACACUACAUCAGCGACAUACGCCAAUACCCUCCAAAGCAGCUCCGCGACGUCUUGGAUACGACGCCUGAUAACCCGAAUGUGGGCGUGGUCUUCAGUAGUGUCGAUCGAAUGUACAAGCAGACUCUGGGUCGAGACCCCAACGUCGACCGCGUAUGUGCCAUCGUGGGCACCAUAAUACUUUCCCCCGAGCCUGUUUCGGAAAACGACCUACAGAAUCUCCUCAACCUGAUAGACGGCGAGGCCCAUGUUACCCUCCAGUGGCUACAAUCUAUCUUGUCCAUCCCUUCCAACGACACUGAACCGAUCCAUGUGGUUCAUCGCUCUCUGCGUGACUUUAUGACAACUAAAGCACGAGCUGGCGAAUACUACGUGGACCCCAAUGAGGAUUGCACAAUACUGCGGAAAAGAUGGCUGGACAACCUUGCCUGCAUGAAAGCAAAGUACGGAGUUAUAUGA